CUAAUUAACUUAGGUGUUUAUUUAUUAUUUUAAAAAUGCGGGCUGUAUGUUUUGUUGAAAGAAUAGAAUUUGAAUUCAGUGGUAAUGUUUUUAAAAAUGCUAUCACUUUGGGUGAUGUUGAUAAUGAUGGUCAUUCAGAGCUCAUUAUUGGUAGCUCAGACGGUGAUAUUCUGAUUUUUAAAGGAGAUAAGUGUUGGCAAAAAUUGAGUGGUUUGGGAAUGGUCUCAGCUAUCGGUGUCGGAGAUGUAAUGAAUUGUGGAAGUAAUGCUCUCAUAGUAAUCUGUGGAGACGGAUGGUGUCACAUAUACCUUUCAUUGCAGCCGAAAACAGAAGAACUGGAAGAAAGUAAUGUUAGUGGUAAAUUGCAGCGAAUACAUAUCCAGCGAAUUCCACCCAAUACAAAGAUGAUAUUGUUGGGUGAUAUAGACAAUGAUGGCAAACAGGAGCUUGUGAUGGGACUGACAGAUCGCGUGGUGCGGUCCUAUCGCUGGCACAGGAGUGUCAGUGGUGGAAAACUUGUUUGCCUCAACAAGUGGGAGUGUGCCAGGCAAAUAGGUUCGCUUACUCUCAAUCACGGGCCGCAAGCUGUUCCGUACCUUUUAAUCUCUCAACCUGGUGGCACAUACAUGCGAAUUCGAACUGAGGCACUGAACAACGAUGAGAAUAACAAAGAAGAAAAGUCGCCCUUUGCUAGUGUUGACUACCAUCCUUUGUCUUCUAAUAAGAUGCGGAAUCCGAACAUUUCAAGUGAGAUUUUUUGUGUUAUAAAUGUACAUUACAUACUAAAAAUCCCUAAUAAUAUCCAAUUUCAUGUUAAUUUUGUUUUGAGGUCAAUGCAGGUAGACCACCGUUUGUUUGCUCUGAACAAGCUGGACGUGACUGGCGAUGGCCGUGACGAGAUUAUAGCUUGCUCCUGGGACGGCCAAACCUAUAUAAUCGAUCAAAGCAAGCAUAGUGUCAGCUUCCAAUUGGAGGAGUCAGUGGCAGGAUUCUGCGCCGGAAUGUAUUCAAUAUCAACUGCCACUUCUCCUGUCCCUUGUUUAAUCUACACCACAUUCAGCAAUAAGGUAUACAUUUACCAUAAUGUGAAACUUGCUAGUCUGGCAUCCAAAAGUCUAAUGUUCAAAGUAGUGGAGCAGAAGGAUACAAUCAAUGAAAUAUGCGCCCAAGAUGUUGUUUCAGAUAAGAAAAAACUUAAAGCUCUUAUUGAGUGGUGCUUAUACAAUAAACACAGUUUGUAGGUUUGAAACUCAGAUAGAAUUAUGGCAUCCGUCUUAUGUGCGAAAUAUGUGAUCUGAUCUAUUUGUAAAUUAGUUCUAAUCAGAAUUACAAUAAAACUAGUAAAAAUAAAAUGUUGAAUUAAUAAAAGUUUAUUGCAUCUUCUUA